GGUGUGUGGAGGGAAACUGUGAAACCACUUUCGAUUUGCGUGAGAAUCUCUCUUAAAGUAAUUCCCAAAAUAUCAACAAUAAUACAAUAAUUUUAAUGACAACCUUUGGCAUCUCCUUCGCAUUCUUUCUUAAAAUGUUUCGUAAGUAUGUUCAUUGUUUGUUUCAGGGAAAUGGAAGCUAGUGAGAAAUACUUUCAAGAAUCAAUACAACUUUUCUCCCUCAAGAAAAAAAAAAACAAGACGAAAAAGCCAUAUUACCAACAGUGUAGAACAAGCAAAUUAAGGCUGGAGCUUCAUAAGGAGAUCAUAGAGACACGAAAGCUAAAGAAACAGGCAACUUCACCACCGUCCACCACCACCACAACCACCAUCACCACCAGCAAGUUAACCACCGACACUCCGAGCAUUCACAUUAUCUAGAAACUUUUUGGCUCGAGAGUUAAAGCUAUUAUUGCAUUCCAAACUAGAGAUCUAGCUACAACAAUGGAAAAAUCGUUACUGUGGAUGUUAAAGAGGAUAUGGAUGAAAAUGUCUUCGCCACUCUACUUCAAACAUCAAUAUCCCAAUGGAGGCAGAAGGGAAAGAAGGGAGUUUGGCUUAAACUGUCUCUUGAAUUUGCGAGUCUUGUUAAGCCUGCAGUGAAGCAAGGAUUUUGGUAUCAUCAUGCUGAACCAACAUACUUGAUGCUCGUGUAUUGGAUUCCUGAAACUAAUCAUACUCUCCCAUCUAAUGCUUCUCAUCGUGUUGGUGUUGCUGCUUUUGUGGUCAACUCUAAAGGGGAGAUUCUUGUAGUGCAAGAGAAAAGUGGAGUGUUCAAAGGCACAGGGGUCUGGAAAUUACCAACUGGUAGUGUUGAGGAGGGUGAAGAUAUUUGUAUAGCUGCGAUCAGGGAAGUGAAAGAAGAGACUGGAAUCGAUACAGAAUUUGUGGAAGUCCUCGCAUUCAGGCAAAGCCACAUGUCGUUUUUUAGCAAGUCGGAUCUAAUGUUUGUGUGUAUGCUAAAACCAACAUCUUUUGAGAUCGAAAAGCAAGAUUCAGAGAUUGAAGCAGCUAAGUGGAUGCCUAUUGAGGAAUACGCCAAUCAGCCCUUUGUAAAGAAUCGCAAAUCCUUUGAGUAUAUUUCUAAGAUAUGCAUAGAACGGAAAGAUAACAAAUAUGUCGGCUUCACUGCAUUAUCCACAGCAAAGGCUACAUCUGCCACGAGCAGCUAUUUGUAUUCUCAUCAUCAUGAGGAGUAAUUAUCUGAUUCCCAUAUUCAAGAAUCCUAAAAUAAAACCACCAUAUGGUUGUAGUAUGUGGAUUCUACUUACUUUGUAUUUUAAAGAUAUGUACUUAACUAUUAUAUUAUUUGUAUCUCUUUAGCUAUUUGAUAUAUUAAUAAUAUUGAACAUCGUCUAUCUACAAAAUUGUCGGUUUAUAUUAUAUAAUGCCAUGUUGUAAUUUUCCUAUUCUUUGCUGAUGAUGUCUGUAGUUUUGUCGUGUGUUAAUUGAUUAUCAUGCAUGUAUAUGAUAUAUCCUCAUUUGGGUUGCCACAUUGCUUGCUAGGUGGCGAAAUGCUGCGGUCAUAUGGAAUGUUGACGUGUGAUUUGAAGAGAAAAUAAGAUGUCGUCUUCAAGGCAGUUUAUGUUCCUUCUAGUUUGUUCUUGCUGGUGGUUAGUUUCAAACUGCAACUCGAUCUCUAAAAAACCUCAAGAUGGUUAUGGUGAUGCUGUAUCACCACCGGCUGCAUGUGAAAAUUGCAGUCUUUGUCAAUAUUCAUGCACCCCUCAAACCCGACCUCCACCACCACAACUUCCCGGAGGAAGUGAAAUAUAUACUGCUCCGCCGCCACCACCACCACCACAGAUGCCCGGAGGAAGUGAUAUAUAUGCUGCUCCACCACCUCCUGCACAUCAUGUAGGUGUCAAUUGUCCGCCAGUGGCUCCUGUUAUAUGCUGCCAAAACUCACCUCCCAUGCCUUAUACUUAUCCUAAUAAUGGCAACUAUUCGGAAAGCUCUCACUUUUCAAGUUCCCCAUGUUCUCUUAUGCUGCUGUUGCUGCUUCUCUCUGUCUUUCUUUUUUAGAAGCUUAAUUUAUUGUUUCAUUAAUUUCUUUGGAAGAACGCAAUGUGGUAAUUUAGUUUUUACAUGUAUUUUGGGGUUUUGGGGACUUGUUGCAAUCCUUUCAUUACUUUUUUUUUGGUUUUUCUAGAUAUAACGGAUAUUGAGGUCUUCACCUAUAGGGAAAUGUAAAAAAAUAGCUAUGUAUCCCUAAUACUUUGAACUAUAUAAAAUUUAAUAGUUUGGUCUUUUAUCAAUCUAUUUUUCAUUCAA